UUUGGAGGACCGCGGGACGGGAACAUCGAGAUUAGUGUCGUUCGAUUGAGUCUGCUGCGAGCUUGAGGCGCGCGGCAGUUUCAGUUCAUCCGUGGACCACAAUCAGAGUGCGCGAGUUCUUUCGUGUCUGUGCCUUGGAACGAGUGUUUGCAAGAGCUGGCUUCUCGCCUGGUACGGUAUUCGACCCACGUUGAUCGUAUUUUGAUUAUCGAAGUGCAUAAAUCAAUUUACACUCACUGCCGGGAACCUUUGUGCUUCCGGUACGACUGGAGGGAUUUUGUGCCAGCAGGAGCCUCAACCCACACUUGCAGCCAUCCCUCCCCCACAACUAGCCAAUUGCCCCUAUUCCGUUUCGUCGUCCAGUUGAAUCUGAAAAAGCGCACUCCAGGUACUUCCGGGAGGCCAUUUUUCACACUUCGCUUAAUUCAAUUUGGACUUUGGUCGUCUAUUGUCGUCGUUGUAGUGCGUGUUAAAAUAAUGAGCCGUCGUCCAAAGCCGGUGACAAAAUCGUCGAUAAUGGCACCGAAGACGGCGAUGAUGAUUGGAAUUUUGUCGAUGGCCAUUAUUUUCUCAUUAUCGGCCGGACAAGAAAUUGAUUUCGGCUACCAGCGGAACAAGGAAUCGGCCCCGAAUGGCCACGGAAUAGUCGCGAACAACGGCUCCGGCAGCAGCACCGCCGAUGAUGAUAAAUUACCAGUGACAAUUUAUUACGAAGCACUUUGCUACGACAGUAUCUCAUUUAUCACCAAUCAGCUCACUCCGGCGUGGGAGAAGCUCCGGGACCAGAUGGACCUCAAGUUGGUUCCGUUCGGGAAGGCAUACAUUGAUGACUCCAAUCCAGCCGAUCCGGUCUAUUACUGCCAGCAUGGUCGUCGCGAGUGCACACUCAACAUCCUGCACGGUUGUAUCCUGGCCAAGUUGCCAUUCGAAAAAGCAUAUUCCGUGGUGGCUUGCCUUAUGAAGGGCACUCGGACGUCUUUCGAUCAGUGUAUCAACCGAAACCAAACGGUCAAGGCCACAAUCCAAGAGUGUUCACAAGGUCAGGAAGGAGCCAAGUUGUACAAAGGAUAUGAAGACGAUACUAAUCGGGUGGCGACGCCGCUGUCGUUCGUUCCCACGAUUGAGGUCGAUCAGGUGUACGACAUCUUCGAACAGGAUCGGUGGUUGUAUCGAUUUGAAAACACGUUCCGGAAACAGUACGAACAGAAAUUCGGCAAAAGCUUGAAUUGAGACGACUAAUAAAUAAAUCCAAUUGCUUGCUAGAAUUCUGCUUGAAAUAAAAUUUUCAUUUUUGAAAUUAUUAA